CUUCCCCCCGGGCGCUGGGUGUUGCUGUUGUUUUGCUGCCGCCGCAGGUCGGCCGGGGUGGACGCGGAGGGAGGGGAGCAGGGAGGGGUGCGCCCUGCCGCAGGGCCGCUGCCAGGUGCACGCCUCUGCCUGACACACGGGCGGGGAGGAGGAGCUGGACCGGCAGGUUUGUCGGUGGGGCGGCCCCGCUCCCCUCCCCUCUCCUCCCCGGGCUGCUGGGGAUAAUUAGUGUCUGAGCGAGGCUGUCUGCCCCCGGGAGGCAGGGCGGGCGCGCAGUCCGUGCGUGCCCGGCUGUUUGUGAGCGGUGACUCGCCCCGGCCCCUCGGCGGAGCCUCCACCCCGCGGGCGGGGACCCGCCCGGCCGCGCUCCCUGCCGUGACCCUCCCACCGCCACUCACCCCGCCGGCCCGGGGAGCCUGGCAGGGCGAGCGGCGCCGGCGUCAUGUGACAGCGCGGCCCGGUGCCAGGAGCCCGGGGGGAAGGCGAGCGGGCGGAGGGCGGGAGCGGGCAGCUCCUCCUCGCACACAGACCCGGAGACACCGCCGAGGCUCCUUAGCCGCGGGGACGCGGGACACGCCGGCCUCGCGCCUCGGUCCCACCGGAGCGCCCCCGCUGCCCACCGCGACCCCCGGCGCUGCGGGAGCCGACGGAAAAUCGCGGCGCGCUCCGCACCGCCUGCCGAGCAAAUCCAGAUAAAAAGAAGCAUUUGGCUGCACCGUUUUGCAGGACAGAACCUCAGAGGCAUCAGAACAGGUGAAUAAAAAAGAUGCUAAUGUUUGACCCAGUCCCUAUCAAGCAAGAAGCCAUGGAGCCUGUUUCAGUGUCAUACCCAUCCAAUUACAUGGACCAAAUGAAGCCAAACAAAUACGGCGUCAUUUAUUCUACACCAAGUAUGUUGCACAAUAAAUUCUACUCCAGCCCUGAAGGACUAUCAAAUGGGAUCCAGAUGGAGCCAGUGGACCUUACGGUAAAUAAACGGAGCUCGCCGCCUUCAACUGGAAGUUCUCCUUCCCCACUAAAAUUUCAGACUGUGCACAGGAGAAGUUCACCUGGAUUGACUCUGUCCUCCCCCAGCUCACCUCUCAGUAAAUUCACACCGUCACCCCCAGGAGUGCAGCCUCUUUCCAUGCCAAUAACAAUCCCUCCUGUAAUGGCCGCUGCUCUUUCACGCCAUGGACUCAGGAGCCCUGGGAUUCUCCCGGUCAUACAGCCUGUUGUGGUCCAGCCAGUUCCUUUCAUGUAUGCUCCCCAUCUCCAGCAGCCCAUCAUGGUGUCCACAGUUCUCCCAGAUGAUAUGGAAACUCCAAGUAGCAUGCAAGUGCCUGUCAUUGAGUCUUACGAGAAGCCCACACUGAAGAAAACAAUCAAAGUAGAGCCAGGAAGUGAACCAUCAAAGACUGACUUCUAUCCUGAACAGAUGUCACCUCCAAUGAUGACCUCAUUGUCUCCUCAGCAAGUAAUGUUGCAAGAGAAUCACCCUUCAGUUAUAGUUCAGCCAGGAAAGAGACCUUUACCUGUGGAAUCCCCAGACACACAACGAAAACGCAGAAUACAUCGAUGUGAUUAUGAAGGCUGCAACAAAGUCUACACUAAAAGCUCCCACCUGAAAGCUCACCGAAGAACCCAUACAGGAGAAAAACCAUACAAAUGCACUUGGGAGGGGUGCACGUGGAAGUUUGCUCGUUCUGAUGAACUGACGCGGCAUUUCCGCAAGCACACAGGAAUCAAACCCUUCCAGUGUCCAGACUGUGACCGCAGCUUUUCUCGCUCGGACCAUCUCGCUCUUCACAGGAAACGCCACAUGCUAGUCUGAAUGUCUUCUCUCCCUGACUCCUGCCACACUUUUUUGUUUUUUACACAUGCAUUUUAAUUUGGAUUCAGCUGGUCUGGAUCUCUGAGUUUAUACCAUUAAAAGCUUACGUAUGGUCAGUAACAGAUGUUAUCUAACCCUUCUAUGUCCUUGCCACGGGUCAGACCUAAAGAAUGUGAACACUUCUUUUUUUUCUUCUGGGGGAUGCUAAGCAAACCCUUUCUGCAUUCAGUAUGUUUAUUGUAUUUCAUUUGUGAAUAAGGGAAUUUUUAAACUAACAGCUUUUGUUGGUUUCUUCAUAUAAUCGACCCAGCAUAUACUGAUAAAAUAGUAAAUGUUAUUGAAUAUCCGAAAUGCUAGUCCUUGCCAGAGACUAUUAUUUAUGUGCCCCGUAAGGGAUACACUCUCAUUUUAUGCUCAACAAUGCAAUGAAUGGACUUUACCAGCUGUGUUGAUUUCUGCAGUGUGGUUCAUACAACAGUUUUAGGAAGACACCUGAUUUAGAAAUCCCCUCUGCCCAAACAGUGAGUAAUACUGAGGAAAUAAAUCUAAACAGUGUAAUUACUUUACAGAAAGAUUGAGUCAUAGUAUCAUUUACCCCAGUCAAGAAGAAAAAUGGGCAGGAAUUGGUCCGUACACAAUACUGCGCAUCUAAACCAAUGCCAUCUGUCAUCUGUAUAAUAGUGUAGUAUAUAUCCUUGUUUUUCUUGCAUAAUGCCCCAGUGGAUUUGUUAAAGGAAGACUUUGUGUGACUCUGUAUGUCUGGUUUCUGUGCAAGUGUAUGGAUGGAACAGCUUGAAGCUGAGUCAGGGGUUUACCAUCAGGAAGUUCUUCACCCAGAGGGUGGUUGGGCACUGGAACAGGCUUCCCAGGGAAGUGGUCACAGCACCAAGCCUGUCUGAGUUAAGCAUCUGGACAAUGCUCUCAGGCACAUGGUGUGACUUUUGGGGUGUCCUGUGCAGGGCCAGGAGUUGGACUCGAUGAUCCUGUUGGGUCCCUUCCAACUCAGCAUAUUCUAUGAUUCUGUGAGUCUAUGGUACUCGCCUGUGAUUUGGCAUUAAAUGACAUUCAUGGAAACCUACUGCACCUCAUUUCAGGGAUAUAGAUUAUCCCCCUGCAAUCAUGCCCCUGCAUUUCUUCUAAAUAAUUUUUUUGUCCUUGCUGUACUUCAGAAAAUAGCAAUCAUUAAGUCAAAAAUGCUCUGAACUGUACUGUGUGAGUACCACUGUGAUACACUACAGUAUUUAAAAUUAUUGAUCCACAAUAUUUUUAUGAGAAGAUGGCAUCAGAUAUGAAGUACUUCUGAUGAUAAAUUGAGUCAUCUAUCUGUUUUGGAUAAAAGCACAUACCAAAUAAUCCAGUUCUGGUUUGUGACUCUGGUAGUCUCUCCAUGGAAGGUACAACUGCUUCCCUGUGGAUGUGUCUAUUGCAUUAAAACCAUGCCCAUUAGCAAACAGAACUACAUAGCUAAAAGAAACUGAAUUCAAGCAACCUGCAGUUGCCCCUAGAAAUGUUCCUGUCUUGGAUCCUCUGAAAGGAAGGUUUCUGGCUGGCAGACUUUGUGGCACUGCAAGGAAACAGGAUCUAUUUCUCUACACACACGCACAAGCACAUUCCCCUUCCUUGCCUUAUGUAAGGUAACCACCAUUCCCUGUACGUUAAACAUACUGAAGUCAGCUUUUCCUUUCUUUUGGAAAAAACCAGUGAACAAUGGAGGUGUGGGGGGAGGAAGAGUUUGGUAGAACCUUGCAGGAGACAGGUGGAGUGUCCAUCUGCAGGUGGAUAAUUUUGAGCUUGUGGAGCAGGUAGGCUGUGCUUCUAAAACCAAUGGAGCCCAAUGCCAAACAGUCUUGGAGAUGCAAGAGUGUGAGUGCAAGGAGCCUUUAUUUGGUGAUAGGUCUUCACCAGCUGUUCUGCUGACAUCCCUGUGCCUGUGGAAUUAGAGAAGGAGAGGUUUGUACUUCCUGUAGAAAAAUGCUCUGACAGCAAUUGCUGUGUUCCAGCUCCACACAUCCUCCCCACCUCGGCAGGGCUGCAUCUCGUGUCCUACAGCUCUCCCUCAGCUGCUCACAUGUGGCGCUGAAACACCCAGCACAUCAAUCGGCCUUUUUUCUUUCUUGAUAGGGCAGAUUGUUAGUGACAUUGAGAAACUUGUAGGAAAGAGACUGAUAUUAAUGAGCAGCUAUUCCAGAAUGUGGACUUCCUACUUUUCAUUUUUUUGGUAGCAGAAUUUGCUCUUGGUUUUACUGGCAAUUUUGUGAAUCCAGGCCCGUCACUGGCUGGGAGGUUGUGUGGAGGGAGCCCUGUGGCAUCAGUCACAAGUCUACAGACAUUUAGUACCCUGGGAUGAAAACAAUUCUCUGUUCUGUUGAUGAGGGGCAAAACAGAUACUAGAAAAUCAGCACCUUAAUGGCAACUGGUCCCAUUUCUACCUUAAAAAUGCAAAUCUAUAAAAUUCAGGAUGUUUAAGGAACAUUUCUUUCUAAUGCUCUGUUUCUCUUUUGAGGUUAACAUAAAAUGUUUUCAUUAGUAUGUUUUUUAAUAUUUUUUAAAUCAGUACCUUGAAAGCAGAACUUUUUUGUAACUAAGAGUUACUUCAGAUGAUUUAGUAUGGGUUAUUUGCCGUGUUAAUUCAUUAGCUUAUGUACCUUUUUCCUGAAAGGUACUAAUGAUGGGGUCUAAUACAGUGGAGAUUGAACAGAACUUUCAAAUUUCAUCCAUGUGUCUUGUGAAUUAGGACAACUGAAAUUUCAAGAUUAAAUAUAAGUAUUUGAGAUUAUUUCAUGAUAAUGCUUUCCUUAUAGGAUUUUUUGGUUGUGUCUGUAGUGUCUUUGUGGGAUGUCUAAAAGGUCACAAACAAAUACACUUCUGGCUGAAUGUGAAUUCACAUCUUAACCAGCUCAUUGUGUAGUUUUAGCAAACUUUGAUUUGAAGGAUACCUUGCAACUUUGAAAUGUACUCAAUUAAGUACUUUGCAAAACCAGUCAUUCCAUCUAUGCCCUAAAGAAAAGCCAGUUUAGACAAAAUCCUAAUCCUGGAGAAUGAGUAUAUUUAACCCCCCCCCCACUUUCUCUGUAACAGUAUUGCACUGUGCAGUGUGUAACAGGUAAUACUGUUUUACUAAAAUGUGUCUGUUUAAGCUAUUUGAUUAUAAUAAAUUACUAGUUUGUAGUACAAUUGCAAGAAACUAAGCAGGUAUGAAUGUGUGGGGUUUAUUUAAAUGUACACAUGGCAUUCUGCAGUGAUACUUCUAAUGCCACAUCUUGUUCAAAUAUAUUGUCUCUGCCAAGGUUAGCAACAUGAUGAAUACAAAUCCUUCCUAAAAAUUUACAAAGCAUUUUACAUCUCUUAAGAGGGCUAGACCAUUUUUCAUUAUAUUUUACAGAUAUUAGCACUUAAUGUACUUUAGAGGGUCAAAAUAAUCUUUUUGCUUAGCACCUCUCACCUGCAAAUAGAGCAAGGAUUUUUAUUUACUUUGAUACUUCUAUAAACUAUGCAGAAUUUUUAAAAUAAAAUGUAAUAUAUUUUAUAAGCUAAUAAGACAAAAUGGCUAAUUAAAGGUUUCUAGCGUGCAUUACUAUAACUUGCAAAUAUGGAGACAUUUUGGUAAUCUUUUCUUACUAAAGAUGUGAAUGUUUAAUGUACUUUCACUGUUUCUACUUUGGUAGUCCAAUGGGAAGUCAGUAAUGACAUUUUGUCAUGUCAAACUGUGAACAUAAAAAAUUUGUACUGUACAGUCCUCAUACUAUAUUUAGUAUAUUUAGUAUAUUUAGUGCACAGUGCAUAUGUACUAUACUUGUUAAUAAAACACUCAGAAUGUU